AAAGAUCAGAUGAGUCGUGUGGCAUAUCACACUGAAUUGCCCAAAACUGGCCUCGCUUUCAAGUCAAAACAAACUCCAUCCGUGUUGCCUGGUACUAUGGUCGGAUGAGCUCGAGUGACAGAAAACAAGGCUCAGGUAUUGCGCUUCGCAGAUAGCUUCAAGAUUCGCCGUCGAAAAUGGCAGAACAGCAGACACUGGGACAAGAUGCAGAGCAAAUAGCAGAGUAUAGAGAGGCCUUCAACUUCUUUGACAAGGAUGGCAAUGGUCACAUAACAUGCAGCGAGCUUGGUACUGUGAUGCGCUCUCUCGGACAGAAUCCAACAAAGGAGGAUUUGAGGAAAAUUAUCAGCGAGGUGGAUGUUAAUGGUAGUACAACCAUAGAAUUCGAUGAAUUCUGCCACAUGAUGAACAAGCAAAAACUAAAAUGUCCGCAUCCAGGGGAGGACCUAAAGAUGGCUUUCAAAGUGUUCGACAAGGACGGCAAUGGUUUUAUUAGUUUCGAAGAGCUGAAACACGUCAUGACCCAGCUCGGCGAGAAAUUGACCGAUGAGGAAGUUCAAGAGAUGAUCAGGGAAGCUGACAUUGAUGGAGAUGGACGUAUUGAUAUUACAGAAUUUGUUGAAAUGAUAAACGGCUAAUGAAAGUGUGAGGCAGUCGAGGAAGUGCUUACCCUACCGCCACUGGGAAUGGACAAUUCAUAUCUCCAAAAUGAAAAAAAAAGAUUUUCAGAAAACGUUCACAGAACGUCGUAUUGACCUGUAUAUAAAACAGAAUAAUUGGACGUGAACAUUUCAAGACAUAAAAAUGAUGAUAUUUUUCUUGAUAUUAUGUAAUCGUGUUGUUCUCAUAAUGUUUUAGUCGAAAUUAUCAUUUCGGCUAAAAAUCGUUUAAAAAACAUGUUAGAGCAAUUAUACAAUGUCUACACAGGCAAAAUUUUCCGUUA